AUGCAGAAACUCAACCAGUCCACCGUGACAGAGUUCAUCCUGCUGGGCUUUGCCCCUAGCCUCGGGACCAAUCCUCUGCUCUUCACCUUUUUUCUGGUCUUUUACCUGCUGAUCCUCAUAAGCAACAGCCUCCUCAUAACCCUCAUCCACCAGGACUCGCGCCUGCACACGCCCAUGUACUUCUUCAUCAGCAUCCUCUCCAUGCUGGAUAUUUGCUACACCACCACCACCGUGCCCCAGAUGCUCACGCAUAUUCUCAGCAAGAAGAGGGCCAUCUCUUUUGCUAGAUGUGUGGCCCAGAUGUACAUCUUCCUCCUCUUUGGGGUCACCGAGUCCUGGCUUUUCUCCAUCAUGUCCGUGGACAGGUACAUGGCUAUCUGCCACGCUCUCAGGUACAAGGUCAUCAUGAGCCACUGGGUGUGUCUCCUCAUGGUGGGUAUCUGCGCAGCCUAUGGAGUGCUGGGAAGCCUGUGCUAUACUUUCUUUGCUAUGCGCCUGCCCUAUUGCGGACCCAAUGAAAUUGACCACUACUUCUGCGAGGUCCCUGCAGUUCUGAAGCUGGCCUGUGCAGACACAUCCUUCAAUGACUUGGUGGACUUCAUCAUAGGCUUCAAUGUCAUCGUGGUCCCACUCUCCCUGGUUGUCCUUGUCUAUGCCAACAUCUUUGCCACCAUCAUGAAGAUCUGCUCAGUCCAGGGGCGGAUCAAGGCCUUUUCCACCUGUGCUUCCCACAUCACGGUGGUUACCAUGUUUGCCAUUCCGUGCAUCAUCAUGUACAUGGGCCCUGGCUCUAGCUCCUUAUCAAACAGUGGCAAGAGAAUGGCCCUUUUCUAUAACAUUGCCACAGCCUUCCUCAACCCCGUCAUCUAUAGUCUAAGGAACAAGGAUGUGAAAAAGGCCUUUCUCAAAUUGAUUGGGUGGAGCAGGGCUCCAGAGUAA